UCUCUCUUCACUACCAUUUUCUUCUUCUUUACCAUUUCUCUUUUCAGUCUUCACUAUUGCUUCUUCUUCUUCUUCUUCUUCAGCGACACCGCUUUCUUUCUAUUUAUAGACUUCUAAAUAUUAGUUUUAUUCGUUUCCUUCCUCUCUUUCCACAUUCAUUUUGAAUGCUUGCCGGAAUUAAAGAGCAAACCAAUUCUUGAUGUCAGAUUAAAGAAAGAAAGAAAAAAUGUCAGUGUACGACGCCGCAUUCGUUAACACAGAGCUGUCGAAGCCAACCUCAAUAUUUGGGCUACGAUUAUGGGUAGUCAUUGGAAUCUUGUUAGGAUCUUUAAUAGUUCUGGCUCUCUUUCUUCUCUCUCUUUGCAUAACCUCUCGCCGUAAAAACAAGAAGACAUUAAAACUGACCGACACUAUCACCCCUCCAAUCUCUAAAGAAAUUCAAGAAAUCGUGCAUUUCCCGACACAGGACAACCACCACCACCACCACCACCAUCAUGCGGUUCAGGUCCCAGAGAUUCAAGUUGAGAUCGGUAAGACGGAGCACCGCGUGGUGUUCUCUGACAGGCCGUCUAGUGGAGAGAGCAGAGGGACUGCUAGUGCGUGUGAGACGGCGUCGUUUGGUAGUGGAAGUGUGGGUCCUGAAGUUUCACAUCUUGGGUGGGGCCGUUGGUAUACUUUGAGAGAGCUUGAAGCUGCUACUAAUGGACUUUGUGAAGAGAAUGUGAUUGGUGAAGGUGGUUAUGGAAUUGUUUAUAGUGGGGUUUUGAGUGAUGGCACUAGAGUUGCUGUUAAGAAUUUGUUGAAUAACAGGGGUCAAGCUGAGAAGGAAUUCAAAGUAGAAGUGGAAGUAAUUGGACGAGUACGGCACAAGAAUCUUGUUAGGUUGCUCGGAUACUGUGUUGAAGGUGCUUACAGGAUGCUCGUCUACGAGUAUGUCGACAAUGGUAAUCUGGAUCAGUGGCUUCAUGGUGACGUUGGAGAUGUUAGCCCUCUUACAUGGGAUAUUCGGAUGAAUAUUAUAUUGGGAACAGCAAAAGGAUUGGCCUACCUUCAUGAGGGUCUUGAACCAAAAGUUGUCCAUCGAGAUGUAAAAUCCAGUAACAUAUUACUGGAUCGCCAAUGGAACCCUAAGGUUUCUGAUUUUGGACUUGCUAAGCUCUUGUGUUCUGAGAGGAGUUAUGUAACAACACGGGUGAUGGGAACAUUUGGUUAUGUUGCACCAGAAUAUGCAUGCACUGGAAUGCUGAACGAGAAGAGUGAUAUUUAUAGCUUUGGUAUAUUAAUCAUGGAGUUAAUUUCUGGGAGAAGUCCUGUUGAUUAUAGUCGACCACAAGGAGAGGUGAAUUUGGUGGACUGGCUAAAAACCAUGGUUGGAAACAGAAAAUCUGAAGAAGUAGUUGAUCCUAAGUUGCCUGAGAUGCCUGCUUCCAAAGCUCUAAAACGUGUUCUUCUGGUUGCUCUUCGAUGUGUUGAUCCUGAUGCUACAAGGAGGCCCAAAAUGGGGCAUGUGAUCCACAUGCUUGAGGCGGAUGACUUGCUAUUUCGUGAUGAACGCCGAAUUGGGAGAGAAUCUUCCAAUUCACGCCAUGAAUACGAACAAGAAAAUCCUGCUGUUGCAAAAUUAGGUGAUAGACAGUUUGGUGAAGGCACUUCAGAUACAAGUGAAGGUGAUAGUAGUAGGAAUCUUCAUCAACAAAGUAGAUGGAGAUAACGUUUCUGGAGGAUUAGGUGAUUUGACUAAUUUAAACACCCCUUAUAAGUUACUGAAGACUUCUUUUUUCCUUUUCUUUUCUUUUCUCUCCUUACUUCUCUUCUCUUCUCUUUUUCCUUUUACUUUUUCUUUCAGUUUUUUACCCUUCAUGUUUAUUGUAUCUUCAAUUGGACGAGAACCAUAUUCUGCAUUGUUUGUGCUUAGCUUUCCUUUGAGUAUCCUAUCCUUACUUCAAUUGGAUAUAAAUGUAAAAUUGAUUGAAAGAAUUCAUUCAUUAUUUUUAUACAAGCCAUUAUUAUUACA